AUGGGUGACGUGGUGGUAGACGCCCUCCCCCCGAGCACGGCUGCUGCCCAGGAGGUCCUGUUCCAUGUCCGACGUGCUCUGUUUGAACCCGGCCUGUCGCCCGCUGCCACUGCUGUCUACCCCAUCGGCGAGCUGAAUCCGGUGGCGCUCCUGGCCGGCUUUGAUGACCUCAUACAGGCCUCCCCUGAGACCCUGGUCAUAACUUCGGUCAUUGAUCUGGCUCGCAUGGCUGCCGCCAACAGCUCCGUGGACGCCCUGGUGCGGAACGGCCUCACUCUCGCUCCGCCUGGCAUGGUCUUCCCCGCUGGUCACACCCCGCCUGGCGCUGAAGAGCUGCUUGUCUGCCACGUCGCUGUCGGCAGGGCCUUUGCUCUCGACAUCGCCGCUUGGGAUCCGCGAAACAUGCCGCCGCUCCCGCCGGGCUUUGACUCGUGGGCUCUACUGGAGCAGGUUGCCGAUCCGGCCACCGGCGCCCUCGUCUGGGCUCCGCCGCAGUACCUUGUGCCAUCGGCAGACCGCGUUGCUGUCCGCUACUACGUCCGAAUCAACCGCAACGCCCGUGUGAGUCCGCCGCUUGUCCGCGCGUCCGAUGCCUCGCUCGUUGCCGCUUGCCCCGAUCAUCCCGACCAGCCGCUCUCCUACUGGUGUGCCACCUGCGAGGCCGCUGUCUGUAUUCACGACAAGAUGAUGGGCUCGCACGCGCUCGGCCCGGCUGCCCAGCACCCGCUUGUCCCGCUCUCGACCAUCCUCGCCACCACCCACGAUCAGAUCCGCGCCGGCCCGCGCGCCCACCCGGACGUUGCCGCCCGCGCCGCCGCCCUCGAUGCCAACCUCGCCAACCUCGACGCCGCCCGCGCCGCCGUCCGCGACCAGGCCGACCGUGCCGCUACUGCCCUCCGCGCCAAAUACGAUGCCGCCCUUGCCUCGCUCGAGUCGAUCACCGCCUUUCACAACGACGUCCUCCGCGCCGACGAGGUCGAGCUCCGUCGCCAGGCCCAGCUCAUUGCCAGUGUCGAGGCUGUCGAACAGGCCUCGCUCGCUGCUCUUGACCCGGCCUCGCUUGUUGCCUCGGUCACCGCGUCGCGCGCCGCUCUGGUCCAUGCCCUCGCUGCUGCUCCGCUCCGCGACGCCAAGUGGAACCCGAGCCUCGCCGUCCGCGGCGAGCUCACCGUCACUUCUGGCAUUCCUCCCGUCCCGCCGCACAAUCCGCCGGCCAACCACCCGCCGCCCGAGUCGCCGCUGACCCAUGGCAGACCGCCGGCCGGUGCUCCCAUCGCCGCUGACCUGCUGUGGCGCAAGGUGGUGACCACCCCGCAGGGCGCGUUCCGCCCCGCCAAACCUGCCCGGCCAGCCUCGCCGCCUCGGGAGUCGCUCCCCUGCGAGUCCGACGAGCGUCCAGCCUCGCCGCCUGCUCGCGCCUCCCGCGCCUCCCGCGCCUCCCGCUCGCUGUCCAAGUCCCGAAUCCGCCGUCGGCACUCGGAGUACGGACACAAGUCGCCUGGGGCCCCUGGCGUGAACAAGUCCAAGCAACGCCUCUACCGCCGCCGCGGCGCACGCCGCCUUGUCCGGCUCAUAAUGCAGGACGAGUUUGCACUCGCCCUAGCGCUGGGCCAGGUUCUCGCCGGCGAGUCCCGGCCCGGCCCAUCGGGAGCUAGCCCUGCCACCGCCGCUGCCGCCGUCUUUGCCUCGCUCCGGGAGACUGCGUACAACCUUGUCCAGCUGGCGUGCGCUGAGGGCGCUGGCCUCCGGCUGGUCCUCGCCGGCGUCCGAGCUCAGCUCGACUCGGGCCUCGCCGCCUCCGCCGCCGCCCGCGUCGAUGCCGACCUUGUCGCCUCGCUCUUCAACGGCUCGUCUCUCGCAUCGCACGUCAUGGUCGCGUACGCCCAGGUCGUGGGCCUCGGCUUUGUGCAAUCAGUCCUCGCGCCAGUUUUUGCCGCUCUCGCCCGCCCUCUCCCGCACUCCGCGCCUCACCGCCUCCGCACUCUUGCCGACACCGUCAUUGCCGCGCUGCUCGCAUCAGAUGCCGUCCUUCCGCUGCAGUUUGGCGCUCUCAUCGGCGAGCUCUACCGCGCCACCGCUGGUGACGGCGCUCCCGACGCUGGCGUCAAGGCUGUCGGUUCGUUCAUUGUUCUCCGCGUCUUCUGUCCGGCCAUCGCCAAGCCGGAGCUCUACGGUCUCGGCCCCGUGCAGGGCGUCGAGGCCGACGAGCUCCUCGCCGUCUCUACAAUCCUCCAGCACCUAGUCUCUGGCAUCGCAUUUGCCGCCGACUCGCCGCACGCCGCUCUCAACGACUUUCUCCGCGCCACCUACCCUGCGCUCCGGGCCUGGCUUGAAGAGCUCGGCCGCGCCAACGCCGAUCCCGGCGCCGCCUCGCGCGGAACCGAGUAUCACACCCCGCGCAUCGACGCCCGAGAGCUCGAGAGCUCGAUGCUCGCCCUCGCCCACUGCCUCCGCCACCACGCCUCUCACCUCCCGCCUCAACUCACCUCCAUCCGCCUUCAGCCUGGCGAGCCGCAACCCAAGCCGCAGUCGGGCGCCGAUCCGAAUGCCGAUCCGCUCAGCCUAGACGUCAUCCUCACUACCAUUCUUGCCGCCGGCACCAGAUGA